UCCAAACUUGGCGGAGCCCCCUGUGGAUUUACUGGCUGAACAUCCACAUCCAUCAGGAAACUUCACACUCAGCUGUUGUCCGUUUGGGUGAACCUCCAGGGGAUAAAGAGAGAGUCUGAGAGAGGCUGAACACCUGCAAGGACACUGCGGACUGCCUUCUUUUUAUUCAAUCCAGCCUCAUCCUUCACCAGCUUCGCAUUUCUCAUCCAGAGGGAGAAAGGGAAGGAUGAGCGCCUCUCUUCCCAAAAGCGAGUCGACCACCUCUCUGUUGCGCUCAUCAGGGCUCAGCCGCAGGCUUGCGCACCCUGAUCCCGCCGCUGCUCACCGGCUCCACCACCGCAUUCACCACCAUCAGCAUCCUUCCAGAAUUGGAAGCAGAGAGGAUGCACCCUGGUCGGAUGACUCUGAGACAAGUGCGCGGAGACCUCUCUGCCAGCCGCGACACGCUGAGUCUCGGCAUUUAGUGGAGCAUCUGCGAGUGCAGGAUGGUUACUCUCCACGGCAGCCGACCCACCUGGAGGAUCAUUGUUUCCAGGAGGGGGAUGCUAGAGGCAGAGCGAACAGGCUUCACCAUAAAGAGCGCAGCAAGUCCUCCAGAUCCAAUCCUCACUAUCAUCAGCACCACGACUCCCCUCCUGCAGAGAUCAUUAUACAGCAGGGCGACACCCGGCAGGACAGGAGGACUUCACCCGCUACCUCUGUCUCAAAGCCCUCCAACGAGGCGGAUUUCCUAUUCGAGCAGAGCCAGAGAGCUGUCACUGGGUCCACUUCUACUCUCAGCUCAGACUCACCUGCGGCCAGCGCACCUGUCCGGCCAGCAUCACGCCGCAGGACCAAGAGACCUGGCUCUGCGUCAGAGAGCGACUCUAAUCUGCAUCCUAUAGUGAAAUCUGUUUUUGGGCAGGACAAGAAGAAGAACUACAAAGCAGUGCAGUCCAGUGAGGAAGGGGGAUCUGGGGGGGGCCAUCUUGAGCCGCUAGUAGCCCUGGCCCAGAACGGAGCAAACAUGCACAACGUGCUGGGGCCUGCAUGCAUCUUUCUACGCAAGGGCUUCGCUGAGAGGCGGCUGGCUGACCGAGAGCUGAGACCAGAAGAGCUGGAUGAGUUGCGUGAAGCAUUCAAGGAGUUUGACAAAGACAAAGAUGGAUUUAUUGGCUGCAAAGACCUGGGAAACUGCAUGAGGACGAUGGGAUACAUGCCAACAGAGAUGGAGCUCAUAGAGCUGAGCCAACAGAUCAACAUGAACCUUGGAGGACAUGUUGACUUUGAGGACUUUGUUGAGCUUAUGGGGCCCAAGCUUUUGGCUGAAACAGCAGACAUGAUUGGAGUAAAGGAGCUGAGGGAUGCUUUUAAGGAGUUUGACACAAACGGCGACGGCCAGAUCAGCACAGCUGAACUCAGAGAAGCAAUGAAAAAACUCUUAGGACAGCAGGUCGGACACAGAGAUCUGGAGGAAAUUCUGCGGGACAUUGAUCUUAACGGAGAUGGACACGUAGACUUCGAAGAAUUUGUUCGAAUGAUGUCCCGAUGAGUUCCUGGCAGAAAGCCUUGAUUGGAUACUCAGCUGGAGAAGCACGGAGAAAGUCUGUUGAAGAAAAACGACAGGCUUCAAACUUUCCUGAACUGUGAAGAUGGCAAAAACAUAUCAACCUUGUCCCAAAACUGCCUCGCCGAAGCAGAACGGCUGACGCUUACAGCCGGGAGCAUCACUGUUAAUAACACGCUGCUGCUGUUCCUUCAAGCAUAAACAAAACCAAUGGCUGCACUCGUGACUUUUGCAGAGUACAUUUUUCAAACAUGUUUUCCUUUAAAUACUAGAACAUUUCUAUGUGUUUACUGACCCAUUAGGCCAAGGGCACAUAUGAUGUCUGAGGUAGUCUCCUCAAACACCAGGAGCCUCUGUUAAUACUGACUGUAGCAGAUUAACUUAAUAAUAUUUAACACAGCAACAUGAAGCAACUCACAAUCCUUCAAAUGUUUGACUGCAGUGAUUAUAUUUAACGCAAACACGACAAGCAAUAUAGAAACAUCCCAUAUCAUCUAGUCACAUCUCUGUUUGAAUUCUGUGAAUCUUGUUUCUUUCUCCAUCAUACACUGUUGAUGUUUAAUGUACAUAUAUCUGCUAAGACAAACCCAUAUUUGUUCAGUAAACCUGUAUAAUGUAGCACUGGCUUUUCUGUGACAUACAUGUGCAAUUUCCAGUGUGCAUAAGACAUUCAUGUAGCUGCAAACAUCCAGUAACAAAAAUAUCAUUACUAAAAGAGUUUUGAUUAAGUCAAUGUUUUAUUAAUUAUGAUCAUUACCUGCAUGAAUAAUAACGCUGCGUUCAGAACAGUUUUACUGAUCUGUGUUUGAGAGAUUCAGUUAACAGAUUAGUUUAUAUCAGAUAGAUUUAGAUGUGAUAGAAGUUUAUUAUUUUGGGGGGCUUGUAUGGUUUCUUAUUUUUAAGGUGAACCAAUUUUAAGCAAUAAAUACCUCAAAGUGAGCUAAACCGUAUAUGUUACUUUGCUGAAGACAUUCCAAUCUCUAAAUCCUGUGUCAUUUCUUUGUUUCAGUAAGUGUAAAGAAGCAAGGCGAGCUUCUUUAUGCGAAAAAGCCAAAGAACGUUAAUCAUUACAGCGGGACAGCUUUGACUGUCCUAGACUGGACACAUGAAAAUAUGCAUGCUUUAAAGUUCAAUUAUAUUUGAAAAAAGGAAAUCCAAUUUUGUGAUUUUUUUUGUCUUAAAUGUGUGAAACUAUGCAUGAUAGAAAACUACUGAAAUUUGUAGCAGAUGAUGAAAAAUAAAGAUAUCUCUUUCAAUUGGAAAA